GCCGGAGUGUUAACGUCUCACGCCACCAUAACAUUGUCCUGGGACCCUCGCUCUCGGGGCAAGAAAACUAGAACCUCAUAAACUUUACAACAAAAAGAGGACAUUUUACCACAAUCUGCCACGACACAGCCUCUAUCUACAUCCAGCUAGGAUGAUAUCGCUUAAUAACUCAGUGCGCGUGUCUGGAGAGGAGCCAGACCCUGCACGUGAGGAAAGGUCUGGACGUGUUCGUGAAGUUGGAAGUCAAGCAGUGUGGUCUUUAUCGUCUUGCAAGCCAGGCUUUGGUGUAGAGCAGUUACGUGAUGAUUGUCUAGAUACAUAUUGGCAGUCGGAUGGACCUCAACCUCAUCUUGUCAACAUACAGUUUCGUCGCAAGACAACUAUACAGGAUGUUUGGAUAUAUGCUGAUUAUAAAGCUGAUGAAAGCUACACUCCUAGUAGAAUCUCCAUUCGUUGUGGAACUCACUUCAAUGAUUUGCAAGAAAUUGAAGUGGUUGAUUUGCAUGAACCAACAGGAUGGCUUCUUAUUCCUUUGAAAGAUAUACAUGAGCGUCCCAUCCGUACCUAUAUGGUCCAGAUUGCAGUAUUAUCAAAUCAUCAGAAUGGAAGAGAUACACAUAUGAGGCAAAUAAAGAUUCACUCACCUGUUGAAGACAAGGCUGUUGCUGUGGAGAGUGUUGGAGCAUUUACAUCAUCGGCAUUCAAACGAUAUAGCUGCAUUAGAUGAUACCUCAUUACAUUAUAGCUUUCAGUCAUAGUAAUAGCUUAUAUACAAAACACACACAUUACAUAAUAUUGCAAUGUUUACAUUAAUAUGACUUUGUUUAAAGGCCUCUUAUUUUAUACAGCAUUUCAUGGAUUUGAUUUGUACAUAAAUAUAUACAUAUAGAUUAUACCCUAAGUUCUUCCAUAUAUUCAAUUUAUCUGUACCUGUACCUAAUAAUUUAGUAUAUUUUUCUACGUGUAAUUGAGAGAAAACAAAUGAUGGGAGGAAAUGUUCAGUGUAAUAAAAGUAGCAGCUAGUACUGUACUGUGAUUAAUGAAUUAAUUCCACAGGAGUUGAUGCUGCAAAUUGGUUUUACAAUUUGUGGUUGACAUUUGAACCUGGGUUGCAGGCAGAGCUGGCUAAGGAGUGAAGUGACUGUCUAUUGACAUAUUCAGUGUGAACUUGGUGCCUAAUGUUUAAGACAUUAUGUAUGCUUGCUGUAGAUUAUGGCUUUUUAAAGGAUAAAUGUAUUGUAGGUUGGAAGUACAAACUUUUUAAUUUCUUACGUGAUAUUUUUGUUAUGGUUUUAGCAGAAUGUGUUGCUAAAGUUGAUUUACUAGCAAAAUGUCUUAUUUAUGUUCUCAGAUUGAUCAGUUUAUCAUUGUGGAGCAUGUAACUCUCUGAGAUUAUUACAGCUCUUAUAUAAUAGCACUAACUAUUCUAUAUGAGCUUGAUACUAGAUAAAAGAACCUCAAAAUGGGCUGAUAACCAAGAUAUCAGAUGCUGCAGGAUAACGUGACCAACUUGGUGCCCAUUAGCAUGUGCAAGAUGUUCAACUGCUGCAUCACCAUCAACAAAAAGCUUUUGGUUUAAUGUGUGGUGACAAUCUUAUUUUGAAGCUGUUGAUAACAGACAUGUUUUUUAAUGGUCCAGACUUUCUUAAUUGUGAUUCUUUAAUUUACAAACAUUUAAAUUUUUGUUUCAUUAUAUACAGUAACAGAGAUUUUACAAGUCACAAAACUUGACCUGACUUCAAUAGCUCUGGCUUAUACAGUAUGUAGGUUUAAUUUGGUUAAAGUUUACUGUAUUGAUUAUAAAGAAGUAAAAUUAUUUUAAAAGGAAAUUUAAGUUUUAUAUAUAAACUUUAUAUGUAAAAUAUAUUUUACAUAUAAAGUUUAAAUGCCUGUAUGCAUCAGUUAUUAACAUUGUUAUGGAUAGCAGAGUAGUGAUGAAUUUACACAAUUUAUCUUGAGUGACAUUAUAGAUAGUAUGUUACAACCCCACUUGUAUGUUCUUAGCUUCUACACAUUUGUUUUUGAACAUAAACAGUGACUGCUUUGGUCCAGCACAGCACAGAGUACUGUGCUGGCACAGAGUCCAGCAUGUGCCCCCUUGAACAUAUUUUUCAGGUGAUCAUUCAAAAGUACUGAAAUUCGGGCAGUUGAUACGUUUGAGAAUGGCUUUAGGUCAUCUCCUCAAAGCAGGGAAGUUCCUUAAAGAGAAUAAGGCACUGGAGAGAGAUUCAACUGUAGCUGCUCUGUAAUUUUGUAAUUUUGAUUCCAAGCCAGAUACAUGCAGAAUCCAUAUUGGAUUUCAAUAUUUAGUUAUUAUUUCAAGACUUUACCAAAAGGAGAAAAUAAAUGGCUAAAAUUU